GUAUUUACGCUCUACUCUUUAUAUCAUAUCACGUCAUGGUCUUGUACAAAUACUUGAUAUACAAGUUAUCACUACUCCUUGCUUUGUUACAAGCCUCGAUAGUAGGGCAAUAUGCAUAUGCUGGAGAGGUUUUUCUAGCAGGAGGUGCCACACCUAACCAAGGUGUUUUAUGGGUACGGGAUUCCAUUCAUGGUGUUCUGCGUGUCUACGUGGGUUACGAACAAAGCGAGAAGUUAAUAGAUAAACAAACAAUAGUAGCCUGUAGGAUGUUAGAUCUUCCUGGUGAACCUCGGACUGUGCCAUUUUCGACUAUCAGACACAGGGAGAAAGUCUUUGUCGUCGAGCAUUGCCAUGGCAACGAGACGUCAUUGUUCAACUGUUCGACGAUUGUAGACAGCGAAACAAACCACAAAAGACAACUCAGAAUCAACUGCGGACGACCUUCAGUUAACGUGGAGUUCUUAAAAUCUACCAACCAAUCAAGCGUCGGAAAUGGCUCUUCGUCCCAUUUGGCUCUCGAUCAUGACAUAAACACUUGCUUUAUUACUAAAGAGGAAGAGAAUCCAUGGAUAGAACUAAUACUAGAAAGGACAGUCUACAUACAUGAAAUAACAAUGAUAACAAAUAAUGCUGUCCCAGCAGCAGUCAAGACGAGCAACAACAAAACAGGGCAAUCUAGUUAUUGCAGCGUCACCAUGGAUACAGGAUAUAAACAAACAGCCAAAUGUAGCAUUGAAUUCAAGACAAAUAUCAUCAGGAUUGGUUUAUCACAAGUCAAUCGAUCAUUAUCGCUGUGUUGGCUACAAGUAGCUGCUUUCGAUUCUUCCAUAAACGCACUUGGAAUCACACACAGACAUUGGAUAAUCCCUUCAAAGAACCAUUCGGUCUUGAAGCUUAACGUCGAGGACACCCUGUCUAAAACAGACUUCUCAGUCAUGACAUCCUUUGAUUUUCUGCGAGCAGAGGAAAAGGGUAUCGUCAAACUACAUGCAUUAAUGGGAUACCUAUUGGUUUCGAAACAAGGGCGGUACAUUGUUAGUGCAAUGUUUAACAGUCAACAUGAAUUGUGGAUAAGAAUAGCCAAGGAACCAGGCCUUGACAGGAAGGGACUGGAGACGAGUUGGUCAGCAAGCUGGAUUCUCGAGUACUAAUCUUGGAUGA